AUGAAGACUCAUCGGAUGGGGCACCCAGCAGCAGCAUCUCUAUUUGCCAUCCUGCUCUGUGCGGCGCUCUUCACAGCUGCAGCGUCUGCGGCAUCACUGCUCGCGCCACUCCUCCCACACGCGAAGCCGCUUGUGAAAGGGAAGACUGUCAUAAAAUACGUGGGCAAUUUGCGUCCCACUAAGGUGAACGGGAAAGUGGUUGGCGACAAAGGGGCAUCAGGGAAAAUUAUAAUGAAGGGCAUCCGAUAUGCGUCAACGUCAUAUGCUAGCAGCUUGUUUUUCCAAGUCCUCAACAUCGCAUCUGGAGGGGAGCCACCGUCCACGAGCUUCGGAGCGUCAUGUAUUCCCAAUGGCUUCGAACCGCCCAUGAGCAAAACCUGGGUGGAGGUCACGAGCAGCAAGAGUGCUCGCCGCAAGCGUUACAGCUUCAUUGUGAAAGAGUUUUCCGGGGCGAAGAGUCUGGCGGAGGUGCGGAGCGCGAUGGAUGAGGCCUUGAGAGUUAAUCAUUCAAACAACAAGCUGGUGCUUUGUGGAAAGUUGAUCAAGGUGAAAUAA